AUGGACAUUAACUACGGAACACCAAAGAGCUCGAGGAAGCCCGUCUUCAUCACGGCCGCGGUGACGGCUGUGGUCAUGUUCCUUCUUUUCUCUGCCGUGUAUAACCCCAAAGCAGAGCCUGAACAGAUUCUGGUCAAGAAGGCUGUGGUUGUGCUCAAAGGAGACUCGGCCGUCUCUGGUACUGUGACGUUCGAACAGUCGUCCGUGACUGGUGCUGUCAGCGUCUCCGGCAAGAUUGAAGGCCUCGACCCUUCUACUCAGCGCGGCUUCCACAUCCACCAGCUGGGUGACUUGAGCGAUGGAUGCACAUCCACUGGGUCGCACUUUAAUCCUUAUGGCAACACGCACGGAGCCCCCGCUGAUGAAGUGAGGCACGUUGGGGAUUUGGGAAACAUUGAAAGUGACGAGAACGGGGUUGCCGAUUUCUCGUUGCGUGACUCGGUGAUAUCGCUGAAUGGAGAGCGGAGUAUUGUUGGUCGAGCUGUUGUGGUGCACACGGGUACCGACGAUCUCGGCCGUGGUGGCAACGAGGACUCCCUGAAGACUGGCAAUGCAGGCGGCCGCGCUGCUUGUGGCGUAAUCGGCCUCGUCGAGUAA